AUGUCAACUAAGAACUACGAGAAUAUUCUGGGUGAUCUGCAGAGUUGGGAAGCGGCUCCUAACUACUGGAUGAUAAUUACUAUGGGUCACUACAGAGUAUUUAAGCAAAAGGAAGAUAAUGAGGAGCCGAAUGACCCAGACCACACCCAGGACCUGGCAGAGAUGCACCUCAGUGGAGUGCAACCAAUCAUCACUGCCAUUCAUGCAACUGAUCUCACUCUUGGCCUCCAACAGAUUCCCACUGGCUUCCACACAUUGAUCAAGGCCGAUAACGUUGAAUACCAGACAAGCAAUAUAUCUGUAAAUGUAGACCAGGCUAUUAUUAAAUGGCAUGAGCACACUCCUCUGUACGUCAUCUUCAAUCUAUCUGCUCUGCAGGGAUUUCACAUGGAUGCCGAUGCAGCUGAAGAGUUACUGAGCGAAGUCCUCGAUGUCUCCCACGCCAACAGCCACAUCUGCAGAGCAGCUUUAAUCGCAAUUGAAACAUAUGUUCUGCAUUCUGUUGGAAGCAUUGACACAGAUGACCUUUGGCAGGAGUGGGCCAUCACAUCCAUGCUUCCAUUAUUGCUGAAUCAACUUGCUGAUCAAGCAAAGCGGUGUUUGGAGGGGGAUGAACCUUGUAUCUUAGAUGAAGUAAUAUCUCUUCAUUAUGAUGCACUGAGAUACUAUAACACCUGGCAUGCUUGCAGAGGGCAGUUGCAAGGUAAUCUGGCUGUGAUACUAGAAACUUGCUUCUGCCGCCAAGGCAAUGAUGAAGACAUGGACCAGGCUAUUGCACUUCAGACGGAAGUGUUGGUCUUGUUCUUGAUUGGUCACACAGAUUGGUUCAUGUCAUUAAAUAACCUUGCAACUCAACUCUCUAUCUGCUUUCACCACCGAGGCAAUGACAAAGACUUAGAUCAGGCUAUCACAUAUCUCAGGGAAGCACUAGCCUUGUGUCCAGUAGGUCACAUAGAUCGGUCCACGUUAUCAAGUAAUCUCGCAGUUCAACUCUCCUCCCACUUUGAGCACCGGGGCAAUAACAAAGACUUGGAGCAGGCUAUCACACUUGAUAGGGAAGUGCUGGCCUUGCAUCCGGUUGGUCACACAGAACAGUCUAUGUCAUUAAAUAACCUUGCGUUUCAACUCUCCACCCGCUUUGAGCACCGAGGCAACAACAAAGACUUGAAAUAG